GUCCCUGGAUACAGCUCGUGUUUUUGCAGAGGCUCCGUGGACCAUUGUGCCUUGCAAAGCCGGUAAUAUUGGUCUGCAAAACGCUAUCAACAGCAUCAGGCCGCAAAUGGAAAAACAAGUCUGGAUCGGUACGCUCGGCAUGCCUACUGAAACUCUGGAAGACAAGACUCGGGCUGACAUUAAAACCAAGUUCAUUACUGAACAUAAUUGCUAUCCCGUUAUGUGCCCUGAUGCAGAGUUUGAAGGCCACUAUGAGCAUUAUAGCAAACAGAUACCAUUGCUGAAAUGUAUCAGCCUGGUGAUACAAUUUGGGUAAAUGACUACCACUUGAUGCUUCUACCAGCGUUAUUGCGACAGCGACUUCCUGAUGCCAUCAUUGGAUUUUUCUUGCACAUACCAUUCCCAAGUUCUGAAAUUUUCAGAUGCUUGCCAACUCGCAAGGAGUUGUUGGAAGGUGUACUCGAGUCAGAUCUGAUUGGCUUCCAGACUUAUUCAUUUGCUCGACAUUUCCUCCAAACCUGUUCUCGUAUACUGUCACUUGAAGCAACCCCUAGAGGUAUUCAAAUGGAUUCGCAUUAUGUCAAUAUUGGUAUUUUCCCUAUUGGCAUUGAUAUUGCUGGAUUUAACGAGAAGAGAAGUCAGCCGGAUGUGGGUCGAUGGGUUGAGGUCCUGCAAGAAAAGUACGCGGGAAAGAAGAUCAUUGUUGCACGCGACAAAUUGGAUUCCAUCAAGGGUGUGCGACAGAAAAUGUUGGCUUUUGAGCAGUUCUUGACCAACCAUCCGGAAUGGCAAGGAAAGGUCAUUUUGAUCCAGGUUGCCUUAUCGACCACCGAGCAGAAUGAGUUACAAGCACAUAUCACCGACGUUGUGUCUCGAGUCAACUCCAAGUUCAGCAACAUUGCCUACCAACCUAUUGUCUUCUUGCAUCAAGAUAUCUCAUUUUCACAAUAUCUCGCACUGCUCACCACAGCAGAUGCUGCUCUUAUCACCCCUUUGAGAGAUGGCAUGAAUUUGACCUCCCAUGAAUAUGUUGCCUGCCAGCACGAUAAGCAUGGUCCACUGAUUCUGAGUGAGUUUACGGGAACUUACGGUACUUUCGGAGCUUGUCUUCGCGUCAAUCCUUGGGACUACCGCCAGGUCAGUGAUGCUAUUCAUGAAGCUCUGUCAAUGAACGACGAAGAAAAAUAUAAUCGAUGGCAGUCAUUGUACGAUAAUGUAGCCACAAACACAGCACAAUACUGGGCUGCCAGUUUCAUUGCUGAACUAGACAAGGUCAAAGCUGAUACAUCACGACGAUAUUCUACACAUAUUCCUGUGCUAAAUCCAACCACCUUCGGAGACACCUACGCCAAGACUAAAAAGCGACUGUUCAUGUUGGAUUACGAUGGCACACUUGCUGCAUUUAACAAAUCUCCACAAUCUUUACCUUCACCACAACGCAUUAACCAAGUCCUGCAGAAGCUCAGCCAAGAUCCUAAUAAUACCGUCUAUGUUUUAAGCGGGCAGUCCAAAGACAACAUGAACAUUAGAUUGGGCAACAUAUCUACUAUUGGAAUGAGUGCUGAGAGCGGUGCAUACAUUAGACAACCUGGUGGUCAAUGGGAAGACGUGUUUGACAACGUUGAUGUGUCAUGGAAACCUGCUGUUAUGGAGAUAUUUGAAUACUACACCGAACGUACUCCUGGGUCGUCGAUCGAAAACAAGGAUGUGUCCAUUGUUUGGCACUUUGGCACUGCAGAUCAUCCGCAAUUUGGUGCUUGGUUGGCGGCAGAGUGCCAAAAUCACAUUAUGGAGUCGAUUGGUAAAAAUACGACUGUUCACGCUAUUGCUGGCAAGCAAAACAUUGAGGUCAUUCCCCGCGAUAUCACAAAGGCAGCCGUUGCCGCUCGAAUUCUUCAAUCUGUGCAGCCUGAUUUUGUUAUGGCCAUUGGCGAUGAUCGCGCAGACGAAGAGCUAUUUGCGUAUAUCAAUAAGCUCAAUAUACCAAAUACCAUUACUUGCACGGUUGGAGCCAAGAGCACAGAAGCCCUCUACUUUGUCAAUGGUGUCCAUAGUGUUCUCACCAUUCUUGAAAACUUACCUUAGUGAAAGUAGAAGCUAUGAGUUUGAAAAUCAUUUUCCUAUUAUCUUUUUCCAUACGUCGUUCAUGAGCAUUCUGUAUGCAAUAAAUACCUUCCAUGCCAUAAGAGACUAUUUUUUGUGGGAUAAUUUGAUGAGGAAAUGACGG